AUGAGUGGAUCAAGAGCCAAACAUAAUUUUGCCAAAGAAUGUGAAGAUGCCAUCAAUAAACAAAUCAAUGUGGAACUACAGGCUGCUUAUGAUUAUAUGGCAUUCUUCACUUAUUUCGAUCGAGAUGAUGUGUCAUUUCCGAAAGCAGCUGAAUUCUUUCGAAAAGCUUCACAUGAAGAACGUGAACAUGCAGAGAAACUGGCCAAAUAUCAGAAUAAACGUGGUGGUCGUGUUCAAUACAAUGAUAUCAAGUGUCCAACUAAGACAGAAUUCAGUGGUUUGGAGGAUGCGAUGAACACUGCAUUGUCGAUGGAGAAGGCAGUGAAUGAGUCAUUAUUGAAACUUCAUGAAAUCGCUGUGAAGAACAAUGAUCCAGCACUGACCGAUUUCAUUGAGAGUCAGUAUUUGCAUGAACAAGAAGAUGCAAUCAAACAAUUUGCUGACUAUGUGACAGAGACAGAUCGAGUUGGAAGUGGACUUGAUACAUCAUUACCUUCUAAUCCGAUUAAAAUGUUUCCAGAUAACAUUGUAAAUUUAAAUUUUCCAUCAUUUUUACCUUAUUCAUCAACAUUGGCAUUAUUUAAUGAACUUAAAACAAAACUUAAACAAAACUCUCAUAUUAUACAAAACAAUAAUUUACAAUCAACUGAGAUCAAUCGUUCAUCAUCUCAAGAAGUUUAUAAAGAUAAUAUAUCCUUAUGUUCAAACUCUAUGAUCAAUAAUUCGAGUAAUUGUCAUAUUGAUUUUGAUGAUACCCAAACAAUAAAUCCAAAUAAUGAUCAUCAUUAUGAGCAUAAUAAUAAUGAAAGUAAAGAUCCUAAUGAUAACAUUGAAGAGUUUUCAUUGAAACUUGAAAAUUUUGGCAAUAUUUUUAAAAAUUCAUUUAUUCCUCCAUAUUAUUCUAUACAGAAAAAUAAUCAUUUAACAUAUCAACAUAAUUCUCUAUUACUUAAAAAUAAUCAAUAUCCAUUACAUAUUAAUAAUAAUAAGCAAUCAAAUCAUUAUCAUUCUAGAUCAAUGUUAGAUAAUUCAUCAAUAAAAUUAGAAACAGGGAACAUUAAUGAUAGCAUAGUAACUAAAAAGAAUAAUACAAAUACACAAAUCUUAUAUCAUAAUAAUGAUAUAUCUAAUGAAAGAAUAAUAAAUGAUCAUGAGAAUACAAUCAAACUAAAAAUGAAAUCAUCCAUAUCAACAACUAUGAUCGAAGAUAAAAUAACUAAUAAAGAAUUAAUCAAUAAAUCUAUAAAUCAAUUAUGUUUAUCAAAUCAAAACAAUCAUAAAUUCAUUGAAUUCAAUAAGACAAUGAAUAAUAGUCAUAAUGAUGAUAUCAAUGAACAAUUAAAACGUUAUCGUACUAGUUAUACACAAAAGCAAAUUGAAUUAUUAGAAAAAACUUAUCAAUUAGAUCGUUAUAUUAAUCGGCCACAAAGAGCUAAAUUAUCAGUUGAAUUAGAUUUACCAGAGAGUAAAAUUAAAGUUUGGUUUCAAAACCGGCGAAUGAAAGAGAAACGUCAAGCUCUAAUGCUACCAACUGUUGCAGGUAAAGAUCCUUAUUUAAGAGAAACACUUUUAAAAGUUACACAAUUAUAUUGUGCAACACGAUAUGGAAAUGAAUCUCCCAAUAUAGAUAUAACCAAAUUUCAAUCAAAAGUUUCACAAAAUAGAAAUGUUUCUAAUGAACUACGUAAACGAAUAAGAACAUCAUUGAAUCCAACCACAAUAACAUCUGUAUUAUCUAAUAAAAACAAUCACAAUAAUUGUAAAUCAAACAAACCAUGGGAAAAAGAAUCUAAUCUAAUAACUAACAAACAUAAUAUAAUUCAUAAAGAGAACGAGGUUAAUCAGUCAAAUAUAUACCUUAGUAAAUCUAUGCUUAAUAUUACAAAUGAGCAAGUUAUAUCAAAAAAGCCUAAAAAUGAGAUUGUUACUUUAGAUAGUUCUUAUGAAACCACUAAUUCGAAAUAUCAGAAUCAUACACAGUUUUCUACUGAUAGUAUUACUGAUAAGAAUUGUGAUAUGAAUAAAUGGACAAUGAUUUCUCAUCCUUCAAAUCUUUCAACUUCAUCAGUUAGUAGUGAUGAAAAUCAUUCAUUAAUUGAAGAUCAAUUAAUUCAAACUAAACAAAAUAAAUCUAAUCUAUUUUCAACAUUUCCAUUCAUUCAUAAUACAUCUUCGGCUAUGUUAGAUGAUCAUAAUGAAUCAGUUAUCUCAUCUACAAUAUCACAAAUGAAUUCAUUCUAA